CUAUUUAGACUAUUCUUGUCAGUACCAUAUCCAUGUAAACAAAACAUUCUAUUUAAUGAUAUUUCCAUGAUGACUACAACCCAAGUGAAUUUUUCCUCCAAUAAAGAAUUGGAGGUGAUUGAGUAUCCAGCUAAAGUUGUUAAUGUAGAAAAAAUGGUAGAAACUCUAGGAGGCUUAACUAGUAUAUCCCAUGCUUUGGGUAAUGAACAAAAACGUUUAGAGCUCCGAUUUCAUCCAAAAAAUCCUUACAACAAAUCAGCUGGGGGCGAUUGCGUCCAAGGCGCUGGUUUACUAAUUUCCGUAAAGGUACGACGCUCAAAAAGGAAUCUACUUCAACCUACUGAAUAUAGAGUGUGUAUUCUUGGACACUGCAAACGAGCAUUUUCUUUUAAUAGUUUAUGUGACUUUCAAUACCUGCCUUUGUACAAACAGCCAAAUGCUGCAGUCAGUGCUUUAACAUUUAAUUUAUCGAAGCUAAUACCACAAUCGGUAACCGACACAAGUUAUUUUUCGCAAACAGACCUACCUAUGAUAAGUUUACCACAUAUAUUUGCACGUGUCGACACAAUAAAUUCAACAAUAUUUCGUGGAGAUCAACAAGAUGACGGUCAGCACGAAAUUCUGGGGGUAAUACAGAAAACCUCGUAUGACAGUCGUGACAUUGUACCCUUUAGUAUGACAGAUUCCUUCCCUGAACGUCCAGACUUACAAAUAGUUAAACGUAUGAGGAUAAAAUAUGUGUCUGAUGAACAGCUUCAGAAAGUAAAAAGUCUUUUUGAGGAAUGUCCAAUUUGGACACGCAUAGCGCUGCUCCACGAAUCUGGUGUAUCCCACGAAAAACUGAAAUGUAUAGUACCCUCGUUAUCGUAUUACUUUUCGACGGGUCCAUGGCGCACGUUAUACGUUCGUUAUGGAUAUGAUCCUCGUAAGGAUUUUAAAAGUCGCUACUACCAAACUUUUGACUACCGUUUACGCUUCCGGUCUGGUAUGUCCGAAUUUGUGGCAAAUAGAAAAGAUCAAUUGAAAAAGUUAAAUGAGACCCCAUAUGAAUUCAAUGAAUUGGUGCAGGACAUAAAUCAUCCGUACUUUGAAGAAAACAAACUACCACGAUCGCGGCAAUGUAUUUUGAGAUAUUGCGAUAUCCAUAUGCCGAAAAUUCAAGAGAUGAUAGAGAAAAUACCUUCUCCACGUACUGGUGCAAUAUGUAACGAAAAGACUGGUUGGCUGCCGGCUGGAUUUGACAUGCAAGUGCGUCAAAUAAUGAGUAAUAGCAUAAAGGAGUUAUUACGAAAUCAUUAUCGCAAAGGUCAUAUACACGCCGAAUUUGAUGCAGUAGAUAAUGCGGAUGAAGCUGAUGUUGACGAAGUAUCAUUUGACGAUAAUUUAGAUAACAGUGAAAUUUUCGACGAAUGAAUGCACUAAAUGCAAAUAAAUACAUUUGAACAUAUUAAAUAAAUGCAA